CGUCGUCGCGUAGUACAACGUCCGCGGCCGCGAGAGGGACGGCGCGUCGCGUGUCGCGUUCGCGAGAGGCCGUCGGCAGUGAAAAAUGGCCGGAGCCAGCGACUGGUUUAGCAUCGGCAGCACGGUGCUCUGUAAAACCUGCCAUGAAAAGGAGAUAGAGGGUGAGGUGUUGGCGUUCGAUCCACAGACCAAAAUGCUGAUACUAAAAUCUCCAUCGUCGAGUGGGAGGCCCUCGUUAAACGAUAUACAUAUAGUAAAUUUAUCCCUUGUGUCCAACGUUCAAGUGACACGAGAAGUUAGUCCUACUACCAGUGAACCACCACAAAGCCUUAAUCUACAAAGGCUAAAUACAAGAGUUCGUAAUCAGAUUGAUGAGAAGAGGAGACUGGUAAUGGCUCUGCAGGCCGGAGUAUCUCCAGAAGGACAGAAGCUCUUUAUCGCUAUAUCGAAGACUAUUCAAGAUAUUACGUGGAAUGGAGCUAAUAUUGUUGUAUUUAAUAAUGUCACUAUUAGACCGCCGUACAAAGUGGACAAUGUUCAUGGAAAUACAGAAUCUAGUGCAUAUAGACAUGUAAAAAAAGUGGUUGAGAAACACAUUAAGGAUACAUUACAAGCGCAGCAACAACGGGAUCAACAACAGACGCAGAAGGGCAGUGAACUGCAAUAAGAGCAAUCCAACAAGGCACUACAUCACAUCAAGAUCGUUAGCAUAUUUUUGAAGAAGUCCAAAACUUGUUUAAUGAGAAGUAAGAGAGAGGAAUCAACAACAGGACACCGAACAAAAAAAAUAAUAAUUCGACUGCAGAAUAAUUUAGCCUAUAUCGAGAAUAAAUCGGCAUCUUCGAGCAAGUUCCGAUCGUUUGUUCAAAUGGAAAAAGAAAUAGAAAGAAGAGCGCAGAUUCGACACGAAAAUUUCGCAACUUUAAUCCGAGUAUUGUUAACAGUAUCGCAUGUGCAACAUUUUAUAAAUACAGUCAGACGUACAAUUCGUAAAAUUAUUAGUCACCAGCCUAAAGAAACAAAAAAAGAAUUAUGAAAAAGCGAACUGAACUGAUUAAUUCCAGCUAUUAACGUAUCCGUCACAUACAUUUUAUCGGCACUACGUUCAUCAGUCAGCGACAAAAAAAUCGCAACGUAUCUUGGCAAAUAAUUCGAGAUCGAUUCCCCCUUUCUAAAAAGAGCCCUCGCGUCCACACGAAAAAGACGGUGUACACGAUUCAAGCCCGUAUGAAGCGGUCCGAGCGGUUUCAGAACAGAAGCAGCUUUUUCAAAAUCCAAAAAGGCGAGAAACGCGUUGCACGAAAGUAGGAUAAGCACGCACGGUCGUCGGACAUAUCUGGAGCGUAUCGAGGACGGUCUCGAUUUGUGCAGUUCUUCUCGGCAAUGUAUUUGUCAUUCGCGAUUAUGUGGCGAUACGUUAUCGCGAUAAGAGGACCAUCUCUGCGAUUCUACGUUUCAUCGAAUGAGAAAAAAAAGAUGUAAUAUUAUAAAUCGUGAUUCUCUACUAUUGUCGAAGACGAAUUGACGAAGGCGAGUCUCCCAAGACACGUCGGCAACAUUUCCACGUUAUGCGUCUUAUCCUGGUUUCGUGUCGAAGCGAAGCACGCGUAUAAUUGCGACUCGACCAAUCCUGUUCCCGUUUCGAAGCUCGUUCGCCGUCGCGAGCGAUUCCGCGUUAUCCCGGCGAUACGGCGGCGAAUCUCUUUUUGUAUUAAGAAGGAAAUCGCAAAUGUCCGCGAUUCUCGCGUAGUGCACAGGACGCCUUCGAGAGAGUUCGACGUCUCGGUGAUACCAUCGCGCGGGAGGCACUGAGCGCUCCUCCGAGAGUGUAAUUUUAGGAAAAGCGGAGCUCUCUGUCCUCGCGAGAGAGAAGUUUAUUCACGAGAGACGAAUACCGUCCUCGGGAGACGAGCGAGAUCGAGUUCGUCCCGUGCCGAUUUACCAUUCGAAUGGAAAGACAGUGAGAGUGAGAAAGCAGGCGUGAGAGAUUGUAAGAAGAAUUACGCGGAAGGAAAAGACAUAAAUAAAUGUAAUAUAAA